AUGACAACUGCAAUGCAUAUCUCGGAUACCAUGCUCAAUGGUCUCAUCCAACAAGCCAAUCGAGAACUAAGUUCAUCAAAUGCCUAUCUUUCCCUAUCUCUCUGGUUCCAUGACCAAGAACUACCCGGCAGUGCUGAGUGGUGCAGAACCCAUUCAGACGAAGAACGCUCCCAUGCCCUCAGAAUCUUUGAUCACAUUAUCAAACGUCGUGCAAAAGGUGCCCUUGUCAAGACAGUCGAUGCUCAGAACAAAUAUGAAUUUGCCAAUCCAGCAGAAGCAUGGAAACUUGCAAUGGAAAACGAGCAAGAAAACAGUCGACAGAUCCAUAAACUUGUCUCUCUGGCCCGCAAAGAAGAAGACUGGACAUCCGAUAACCUGCUCCAGUGGUUUGUACAGGAACAGUUGGAAGAGGAGUCUGCGGUAGAAGACAUCUAUACAAACGCUGCAAAUCUUAUCAAAACCGAGGGUCUUUAUCGCCAGUACGAUGACAAGAUUAAAAACAAGGAGCAUUAA